UAAACUUUAAUAAAACAAUGGCCUGCAAAUUGUAGAAAAGUGUCAACUCACUAUUUAGGCUGUCUGGAUCCCUGACUUCUGACUGAUCCCUCCUCGAUCGAAAAGAACAAACGCCCCUACCGGGUGCUAUUUAGGCUGUCUGGAUCCCUGACUUCUGACUGAUCCCUCCUCGAUCGAAAAGAACAAACGCCCCUACCGGGUGCUAUUUAGGCUGUCUGGAUCCCUGACUUCUGACUGAUCCCUCCUCGAUCGAAAAGAACAAACGCCCCUACCGGGUGCUAUUUAGGCUGUCUGGAUCCCUGACUUCUGACUGAUCCCACCUCGAUCGAAAAGAACAAACGCCACUACCGGGUGCUACAUAUACACGUACAUUAUUCAGUCGAUCGGAAGAUUCCAAAAUGAACAACUUGCCAUUUCCAGUAAUAGAUAUCGGGUAUUCAAAACCUAAUGUACAUAACACUGAGCUGAGGCUGGUGUUGCUUGGGAAGACCGGAGUUGGGAAGAGUGCUUCUGGAAACACCAUCCUGGGCAGAGAGGAGUUUGAAUCAAUAUCCAGCACCUCAUCAAUAACCGAGGAGUGUGAGAAGAAGACAGGGGUAGUCGCUGGCAGAAAGGUCUCUAUAAUCGACACCCCAGGCUUGUUUGACACAAAACUCUCUGCUGACGAAGUUAAAAAGAAGAUUUUGAAAUGUCUCGAUCUGGCUGUCCCGGGGCCCCACGCUUUCCUGCUAGUGCUCCAGGUGGGGCGCUUCACGGAGGAGGAGAGGAGAGCAAUGCUGCUCGUCCAGAGGAUCUUCGGAGAGAGGGUUAUAAGGUACACCGUGCUGCUCUUCACCCGUGGCGACGACCUGGAAGGCAGGACCCUGGAGGAGUACCUCCGUGGGGCCGACGAGGGUCUCAGAGGGCUGGUGGAGAGGUGCGGAGGAGGGGGUCAUGCCUUCAACAACAGGUUCAGAGGCAAUGGAGCUCAGGCGAAGGAGCUGCUGGAGAAAAUCGAGAGGAUGAUGGAACACAAUGCCUGCUACACCAACGAGAUGUAUCAACAGCAGCUGAAAGCACCCAAAACAAAAUGGGAGAAAAUGAAGUGUAUAUUAGCCGGAGCAGGAGCUGGUGCAUCAAGAGGGGCGUUGAGCGGUGCAUUGGCGGUAGCUGCGUUUUUAGAAUAUAAAGAGUUAGACAAGAUUUUAGUACUUAAUGUGGCUGCAGUAAAAGCAGAUCAAGCAGGUUUUUUAGAAAUCGUAAAGAAACCCAUAUUUGCAGUUGCUGUUUUCUUUUUUGCUUUGAAAAAAGGAGAGAGAAACAUCUUGAUGGGAGCAGGGGCAGGAGCAGUUAUAGGAGGGGUAGUAGGGGCAUAUUAUGGAGCUAGAGAAGAGAAGCCUGGAGAAGCAAUGAAUAAAAGUGAUAAAGAAGUCAUGGCUCUCGGAAUACCCGAUUUUCAAGAUAUAUGGAAAUUGGAAAACGCAUUUGAAAAAGCAAUGAAACCACCCAAUGCAGAUGAGCUUGACUAAAUGUUGUUUUUGGUUUUGUUUUUUUUUUAAUUUGGAAAUCGCCAAUUGUUUUUUACCCCCGUUUUCUCCCAAAAGUUUUUCAUCCUCACCUCUACCAGACAGACACAUUUUGUAUAUAUAGGCAUAAUUUAUUUUCUUUAUACAAUACAAUUAUACAAUUUGUUAAAAAAAAAAAGACCAUGCUCACUUUUACAUUUACAUGUAACCCUCACAGUUAUAUAUGCACAAAUCUAAACAGAAAAAAACAGGCCUGUGAAAAUGGCCUGGUCCUUAAAGGACUAAGAGAUCCAUGACAGUUUAGGAAGACAGCAGGCCGGUCCCUGGUAUCAAAAGGUUGAGAAACACUGCCCUAAAUUACUUAAUUGGACCAAUGGUCCACUUAAAUAUGCACGGGUGUAUGCACUGGGAAUCGAACCUGGGACCUCCCGCUCUGUAAUUUAGGUAUCUGGAAAUUGCAUGAAAUACCUUUUUCUAUGCCAGUGGGUAAACUGAUGGAGACCGAUUACCAAGUCAGUUAUUUCACCACAAGUCCUUCAAACCCAUGAAUACUACUUUUAGAACUUUGCAAGAAUCAAUUUUUAAAGAUGGCAAUAAAGAAGAAUUAUGAGGUCAUCAGUACCUCUAGCCCCAUGACAAACCACUUUCAUAUAUAGAUUCUACACAUUUUAUGGUUUUUGUUGUCUGAAUUUAUUUAUUUACACGUUUUAUGGUUUAUUUUGGUUUAAACUCAAACAAUGUUUGUACAUUUAUUAAACUGUGAAGGAAACAGAUAACCAAGUCAAUUAUCUUACCACAAGUCCUUCAAAUCCUCAUCUAUAAACCCACCAAAGGUCAGUUUGUUAACUCGUGUCCCACAUGGGGUUUCAGCCCUUCAAAGAUGGGGCCAUUUUUAAUACUUUCAUUCUGAAUCUAGUACAGUACCUGGUUUAGUUGGUAAAGCGCCUGAUCUUUUGUUUGAGCCGCCGUAGGACCUGUCUACAGUGUGUAUGAUCUGAAUCCUACUAUAAAUAGGAUGGGCAGCAGUGUGGAGUAGUGGUUAGGGCUCUGGACUCUUGACUGGAGGAUUGUGGGUUCAAUCUCCAGUGGGGGACACUGCUGUUGUACCCUUGAGCAAGGUACUUUACCUAGAUUGCUCCAGUCAAAAACCAACUGUAUAAAAUGGGUAAUUGUAUGUAAAAUAAUGUGAUAUCUGUAUAAUGUGAAAUAAUGUAUAAUGUGAUAUCUUCUAAUAAUUGUAAGUCGUCCUGGAUAAGGGUGUCUGCUAAGAAAAUAAAUAAUAACAAAUGUGCUAUAUUUGUACCUCAACUCAUUGAUGUUGACUUACUUUUUUUUCCCCCCUGGACACUUAUCACUCUUCCUUAAAUGCACUUUACUUGCUCUUAUCUGCCCCCUAUUUUACUGCAUUUAAUCCUGUACUUUAGAGUACUGUAAUCUGUCACAAGUGUUAUUUAAUCUGUAGUAUUUUGUAUUUAAUUAUAUCCUGAUGUAACUAUCACUAACACUGUUAUCUGCUCCGUUAUUGAAUCGUUUUGUCAUACUUGUACUUGCUAGAACCAAAGCCAUUGUAUUUAUCUUGCUCUUAAUUGUAUUAUUACUUGUACUGUGAUUCUUGAAAUGUAUUUUUGUUUACGACUGUAAGUCGCCCUGGAUAAGGGCAUCGGCUAAGAAAUAAAUAAUAAUAAUAAUAAUUAUUAUUAUUAUUUGUUUAUUUAGCAGAUGCCUUUAUCUAAGGCAACUUACAGAGACUAGGGUGUGUGAACUAUGCAUCAGCUGCAGAGUCACUUACAAUUACGUCUCACCCAAAAGAUGGAGCACAAGGAGGUUAAGUGACUUGCUCAGGGUCACACAAUGAGUCAGUGGCUAAGGUUGGAUUUGAACCGGGAACCUCCUGGUUACAAGCCCUUUUCUUUAACCACUGGACCACACAGCCUCUCAUAAUAAUACUUCUUCAACUUUUUAUGCUGUUAACUGUGAUUUACCAGCUUCCCAGCAUGACAACAUCAACCUGUAGAUUGAUUUCUUUCUUUCUUGCCUUCAGCACCCCUCCUCUUCCAGCAGUGUACUGACAGGCUGCUCAAUGAUUGCAUGAUGAUCUGCCGUGUCCCCAAAAAACAGAGCAUUUUAAUUCAUCUACCGACAUCUAUUGGUCAAACUGGGUAUUGAUAUAACUCCAAAAGCUAUUUCAGUAAUACAUCCUACUGCAUUAAUUUGUAUACUGGGCAAAACAACAGUUAAUGAUCAUUUAGAGCAGUGGUUCUCAACUCCGGUCCAGGGGAUCAACUGUGUCUCUGCUCUCAAUUACUUACUAUUUGCUUAGACUUUUUAAAUUGUUUAACUUGUUUUAAAUUAUUUAAACUUAAGUUGGAGAAUUCAAGUUCCUUUUUUACAAUUUUAUACGUAACUUGAAAUCUCCAACUCUUUAAAAUAUUUAAAAAGCUAAAAUCCGGUAUUCUUUAGUCAUAAAAGGCAGCUCACAUCAAGCGUAAAUACCGAUGUAACGUCAUUUUCCCUCCCUUGUGCACUGCGCGUGCCCAAAGCUUUUAUUCCCUUGCAUCUCGGGAGAGGUCAUCAAAUUCUACUGUUAAAUACUGGAAUUUGUUUCAUUCUAAUUAUUCAGUGAUCAUGGCUGCAAAGGUUUUAGUUAUUCGUGUUAAAACUGAAGGAGUUCAUUGAAUUACAGGGUGGAACUAGUAUAGGCGAGUCAGCGUUUUGUUAAAUGUAACAUCUGUCUUCCUAAAUAUAACAGAGACAAUACCAUACCUUCCCCCACAAAUCAGCUUGUGAUCUAUGGUUCCCUUGGGACACGAGUAAAUGUUCUACUGCACGAUCAAGACAACAGGUCGUUAUCUUGUACGUACACAAAACAAGUCUGCUUCUUUGAUCACCAUGUUGUCUGUGCACUGGUCAUUACCUUGUCUGUGCACUGGUCAUUACCUUGUCUGUGCACUGGUCAUUACCUUGUCUGUGCACUGGUCAUUAUCUUGUCUGUGCACUGGUCAUUACCUUGUCUGUACACUGGUCAUUACCUUGUCUGUACACUGGUCAUUACCUUGUCUGUGCACUGGUCAUUACCUUGUCUGUGUACUGGUCAUUACCUUGUCUGUACACUGGUCAUUACCUUGUCUGUGCACUGGUCAUUACCUUGUCUGUACACUGGUCAUUACCUUGUCUGUGCACUGGUCAUUACCUUGUCUGUGUACUGGUCAUUACCUUGUCUGUACACUGGUCAUUACCUUGUCUGUGCACUGGUCAUUACCUUGUCUGUGCACUGGUCAUUACCUUGUCUGUGCACUGGUCAUUACCUUGUCUGUACACUGGUCAUUGCCUUGUCUGUGCACUGGUCAUUACCUUGUCUGUGCACUGGUCAUUAUCUUGUCUGUGCACUGGUAUAAAAGGUUGUUACUUGUGAUUACGUGUCACAGAACUAACUGUAGACCGCCUGCUUUACUUCUCUCCAGAAUUCUGCUUAAUAAAACUGUAUUGCUUCUCAUCGGCUCUCAGAGAAUCUUUAUUUAAAAUUUGGUCCCUACAAUUUGGCGUUGUCGGCAGGAUACUGUGCUGCUGUCUGAGAUGUUUCUGGUGUUUGCGGUGUGCAUUGGCAGAGUGAUACAGGGGUGAGUAAUAGCGAUUCUAUUACUAAAAAAAAGCGUCUUUUGGCAGUGUCACAGUAUCAG